AUGGAUUAAGAUUAACCAAAAAAAGCAGUAAAGAGAGCAUAUUGUAGAAAAGGAAGACCUCCAAUGAUUUUUAGAACUGAAAGUGAAAAAAUGAGAUAAUUGCUAUAAAUUAUAGAUUAGAAUAAUAAAAUAGGAAAUUUAGAUAAACAAGUUAUUUAACCAAACUCUGGUUCAUAAUUAAAAAAUGAUUCUGAAUUACAAUAAAGUUCUCAAACGUAAUAAAGUGAUAAAAAUACUUAAAAUACAACACUUACUUAGACAUAAUUUUAGCCAAGUAUAGAAUAAACGACAAAAUAAACUUUGGAAAUAAAGAUAAUAAAAAAAGCAUAGUCAUAAGAAUUAAUUAAUGAAACAUAAAAAAAAAGGUUGAAACCAGAUGAUAAUUAUGAAUAAAGAUUUUGUUAGAUGAAAUGCGAAUUACAAAGCUUUUUAACUUAUUGGAUCAUGAAACUUAAAUCUUCAGUCAUUGAUACAUAAUAAAUGGUUGAACAAUUAGAGAAGUUUAAAUUAUGA